CAACUUAGAACAACACUACACUUAUCUGCCAAUUGGCCGUCACGGCUUUACAUGCCAUUUCUAUAUAAAAACCUCUGGUUUGAAGUUUGGCUUCCAUAGCCAAAACAAAACCGUGAAACAUUUAUAUUCUUACAUGGCCACUCCGGCUUAUUCUUUUAGAAGGUGCUCCACUAUGUUGUUUCUUCCCUAUGUUUUGCUUUUCCUGUCUACUACCUUGACUACUACAGCAAUUGUUCAAUUACCAUCAAAUAUGAGCAUUCCGGCUGUUAUUGUGUUUGGAGAUUCGAUUGGAGAUCAGGGCAACAAUAACAAUCUCACGACACUGAUUAAGUGCAAUUUUUCCCCUUAUGGCAAGGAUUUUAAGGGCAAAUUUGCUACCGGAAGGUUUACUAAUUCAAAGACACCACCAGACCUGCUCGCUGCAGAAUUGGGAAUUAAAGAACUUAUACCAGCUUAUUUAGACCCUAAUUUACAUAGCAAAGAUCUUCCUACAGGUGUGAGCUUUGCUUCAGGAGGUACAGGUUAUGAUCCCCAGACAUCAAUCUUAGCGUCUGUUUUAGGGUUAUCGGACCAGCUAAAAUUAUUUAAAGACUACAUCAAGAGGUUAGAAGACUCCAUGGAGAAAAAACAGGCACACUACAUUAUAAGCAACAGCCUAUAUUUAGUAAUAGCAGGAACUGAUGACCUUGCCAAUACCUAUUUUUCCACGGGUGUUGGAAGAGUGGAGUAUGAUAUUGGUGCUUAUACUAACCUCAUGGUUGAUUCGGCUUUCAAUUUUAUUAAGGAAUUGGUUAAACUCGGAGCAAGAAGGAUAGGUGUAUUCAGUGCUCCACCAGUGGGAUGUUUGCCAGCACAACGAACUCUAGCAGGGGGGUCACUCAGGGUUUGCGCAAAGGAUCGUAACGAAGCAUCGCAGUUAUACAACUCCAAGCUGUCAGCUAAAAUUGAUUUAUUUGCUAAGAAGCAUCCCCAUUUAAGAGUUGCCUACGUGGAUAUCUACCACCCUUUACUUGAUAUCAUACAACACCCUCGAAACUAUGGAAUAGAAGUUGUUGAUCGCGGAUGCUGUGGCACGGGAGAUAUAGAAGUGGCCGUAUUAUGUAAUCCAACAUCUCCAACAUGCUUAAAUAGUUCUAAUCAUCUAUUCUGGGACAGUUACCAUCCCACCGAAGCUGGAUACAUGUUUCUCACGCGCAGAAUUCUCGAUGAAAAUAUUUAUAAAAUUUAUUAAUCUCCCUCUGCUUCUUCUAGCUAUCUCUGCUAUCUCUUUAGUAGAAACGGUUCCUGAAGUGUAAGUUUCAAGUGACGCUGUUCACGUAGUAUGUGUGUUAUUCUGGUUAUUGUGAGUAACGAGCAGCUAGUUAAGUGAUUGGUGAUGUAAUAGGGAUCAAUCAUGUUUCUUUAUGAGAUAAUAAUAAAUUGCAAUUAAAGGUUUAUUGA